AUGAAGGCCAUGCUGUUGAACAUUGGGCUGGCUCUGCUUUGCGUGCUGGAGACCCAGGCAGAGGUCCCUGUCCAGCCAGACUUUGAUGUCAACAAGUUUGCAGGGAAAUGGCACAUCAUGGUUGCUGCCUCCAACUGCCCCCAGUUCCUGAGCAUGAAGGAAGUCAUGAAGACGUCUGUUACCAUCAUCACGCCAAUGCCAGGAGGCGACUUGACUUUAACUGCUGGUUACCCUUUGCCAGAUAAAUGUCAGAAAAUGGAUCUUACUUUCAAGAGCGCUGGGAAGUCAGGUCACUACACCAAUUCAGUGAUGGCCAAGAGAGACUUCCGCGUGGUGGAGACAGACUAUGCUCACUACGCCAUCGUGUACAUACGCAAGGAUAAGGACGGCGAGACCAGCGUCACCUUGCAGCUCUUUAGCAGAGUCCAGGAUGUGCACCCUGAAGCCCUGAAGAGAUUCAAGGAGCUGUACCCAACCAUGGGCCUCACUGAAGACAUGCUGGUCAUCUUGCCCAAGUCAGAUCAGUGUGCCAAGGCCCUUGGAGACUGUGCUGAGCCCUAUAAAGCCAGGAGCCCUUCAUGCACCAGCUCUGAAUUCCUCAUCUUUGCUGAGAAGCAAGAGGUCUGCAUGAUGAAGGUUGCACUGCUGAGCCUGGGGCUGACCCUGCUCUGUAUGCUCCUGGCCGAGGCUCAGCCAAGGGCAGAAAGGGUAGACAAGAACAAGCUCACAGGGAAGUGGUACCUCACUGGUGUGGCAUCGACCUGCGAUUGGCUUCAAAAGAGGAAGGGUGACAUGACCAUGAUGCCUGCUGAUAUCUCGCUCACCAAGGAGGGGGAAGUGCUUUUUUCAAUGGCCUUCUCCAGCCAGGGAAAAUGUAAAAAAAUGGAAACGACCUUUAAGGAAACAGAGAAGUCAGGUGAAUUCUACUCUGAAGAGUAUCGUAAAACUGCACAGGUGAUAAAGAUCGACUAUGAGCACUAUGGCAUUUUUUAUUCCUUCUGGACGGUUGAUGAGAAGGUCUGCAGAGAACUGAAACUCCUCACCAGGAUCCAGGAGCUGACCCCUGAAACAGAAGCGCUGUUUAGACAGUUGGCUGAGGAGAGAGACUUCAGUGAUGAUCUAAUUGCCAUCUUUUUCAACAAAGAGAUAUGCACCCUAGCUGACGUCUAGGGGAUGCUAAGCCAUACAGUUGAUGUUGUUCCUGUUGUUCCUGGCUGAAGAAACAGCCACUCUUUGGAAAUCCAAGAUGCAGCUUCAGGCUUCCUCUUCCUCUCUUUCUUCUUCUCCUCUCUGCUCUUGAUGGUGUGGUUUUGCAGGAUCUUUUGUUUCUUG